UGCGCGAGAGCCACCAUUUCGGUUUGUUUACUUCCGGUAUGGCGCUGAUGAAAUGAAAUGAAAAUGAAAACUCGCUAGUAAUAACAUGACGUGUAUAAAAGACAAGACACGCUUAUGGGGUAUAAUAAACGCUGUAAGAAACGUGUCGGGAGUUAUAACGGAUCACACCGGGCUACUUUAAAUUCUCGUUUACUUGGAGAAGUUACAGGGAGUCAGCUAACCAGCACCAAGUUCCAGCACUAACACACGAUGAGUAACAGACAGCGAGGAUUUAGUCUUGGUCUGCUCCUGCUGGCAUCUCAGGUGUUCCAGCUCGGCACGGACAACAUCCCUCCUGCUACACUAGCAACGCUCGGCCUUAAUGUCUACCUCUUCCUGUUUCCUGUUAAACCCAUCUUACAGACCUGUGUGAGCGUUCAGCAGGCGUACUGGCGUGGAGACUGGCAUCGUCUCCUGUUGUCCCCUUUCCACCACGUCGAUGACUGGCACCUCUACUUCAACAUGGUCUCCUUCCUCUGGAAGGGCAUCAAACUGGAGAGCAGACUCGGUACUGCCUGGUUCGCCUACCUCCUGUCCGUCUUCUCUCUGCUUACAGGAUUGAUGUAUCUUCUCCUGGAGGCGGGGCUAACGGAGCUCAUGGACGACUCGUCCUUCAGCAUGCAGUGUGCUGUAGGGUUUUCGGGUGUUCUGUUCGGGCUGAAAGUUGUGAAUAAUCAUUAUAACCCUGGCGGAGUCAAAUACAUCAUGGGCUUUCCUGUAGCCAACCGCUAUGUAUGCUGGGUGGAGCUAGUGCUCAUUCACAUCAUGAACCCGGGGACCUCAUUUAUUGGGCAUCUGUCUGGUAUUUUGGUGGGGCUUCUCUACACUACUGGACCCCUCAGGACACUAAUGCAGACAUGUGCAGGUUUUGUAGGUGGUCAUGGAAACUACGGCAGGCCUCGCACCUACUAUAACUCUUCAGGUUAUAGUGGAUAUCAAAUGCCCUACACUACAAACAGACGUCCCACCGACGGUCAGGGUUCCUAUUACAGAUCCGAGCCAUCGGCACCCCCCCAACACCCGUACACAGCCGGUCUGUCAGAGCAGGAGCAGUUCGAGGCAGCCCUUAUCGCCAGCCUGCAAGACCAAGGACAGCGUGCUCACAGCAGACCAUCGUAUGGGUUCAAGACUGAGCUCACCAUGGACGAAAUACGUCAACGCCGACUUCAGAGAUUGGACAGUUAAAAUAAAUAAGCAAAGACCUUUUAAAAGCUUUUAACCUAUAAAGAUAAAUGUUUACACCAGCCUUUCAUAUGGACAGGAGGGUUCUCUCAGGAUCGCUAAUAUGUCCCUGAUGCACGCUAGCAGUUCUGUUUACAGUAUCGAAGUGUGAGUUUUCUUACAAUGCACUGUAUUAACUGCAGAUCAAAGUUUGUUUAUAUGCAUUCAUAUAAGCCAUUGUAAAUUAGGUCAUGAUAAUCUUAAACAUCAGAAAUCUUAAUAAUUUGCACUAAGAAAUGGAAUAUAUCGCCACUGGAUUAACUAAGCUGUUUUGAUGAAAGUUUAUUUUUGUAAAUAAAUCCUACAUUUUGGAUCCACCUUAA